AUGCCAACUAACUAUCUCAUCAAUACAACAGCUCCAAUGUUUAUUUAACCUAUAGAAGAUUAGACAAUUGUAGAAGGCUAGCUACUUAAGAUGGUUUUUCCAAAAAUAGUAAAUAAAAAUCCUUUUGAUUUUCAGUUAAAGCUCGGGAAAAUAUCUGUUUUCACUAAGUUUACCGAAAGUUUUAUGGAGUUUUAACCUGAGGAGGGUUUCAUUGGUUUAUAUGAAGUAUCUGUUAAAUUAAUAGACUAAUGGAAUAAGAAAAUGUUUAACCAAUAUUCCUUUAAAAUUAGCGUUAUCCCAAAACAAGUUCUUAAUAUCACCGAAGUUGAGAGAAUCAAAUCAAUAAAGCAAAAGGCAAAUGGAAUUUUAAAGGCAAGAAUUAGAAAGAUAUCAAAUAAUGGGAUAGUAUCUAUAGUCUUCAACAAAAAGGUUAUCGUUUACUCAAAUUUUGACUAGUACUUGAAUGAAUCUCUAGAGGUACUCUAAAGAUAUAAACUCAAGAAUAGGAAAUCAAAGUUAACUAUCGAGUAAUGA